AUGCCAAUCUCGACCAGGGCGACGAAGGCUGCUGCUACCAUGACGACGCUGGAAGGUCAGACUGUCCCGCCGGUGGAGCAGACGGCUGGCGCGGAAGCGGGUGCUGGAUCCACCACUGCUCCUACGGUUGAAGGCCAUGUCAAUCCAUCAACUCCGUCGGCUUCAGCGUCACCUGUACCGGAGCCAGUGGCACCGACGUCCGCGACUCCGUCUGCGCUCGCUCCUGCUGGAGGGAAAGAUGACGAAGAGGAUGAUGAUGAUGGCUACUUAAGCGAUGACCCGGAUGAGGGCAUUGAAGUACAUACCAAGGGUGCGCUGGCGGCUAAGGCGCGCGUCACGCUGACACUCCUGAUCCCGAUCGAGCUGGCGAAGGAGAUGCCUGCAGUGAAGCCUUCGGUGAAAGCUCUGCUGGUCUUCCUACGGAAAAGGCUGUCGGACAAGGCUCUUGACGGGAUCGCGUUUCAGGAGCUCUUUCCGACGUACCUGUCCAAGAUUCAUUUCAGCCGUCUGCAAGUCACGCUCGCGACAGUUGAGGACGUAGAGGUUGUGCGUCAGCACCGGGUGGAGCAUGUGGUUGGAACCACGAAGCAUCACUUCGGUUGGCUGCAUCCGGUGAAUCGUGCCUUCGUGAAAGCGAAGACUGACCUGCCGGAAGGGGUGGAGGUUCUGCUGAAGGGAGUCCCGGCGGAAAUCACGUCGCUCAUUGUUUAUGAAUCGCUGGUGGUUGCGAAGCUGCAGAAGCGCGGACGGCCGGCAUUCCUGCAAGGCGCGGGUUUCCAUCGCGUGGUUGACCCGGUUUCGGGCCUGGACACGGAUAAGAUUCGCGGCUUGGUGGUCCCGCACCCGGGGGACAAAUACCGCUGGCGCCAUGUGGUGGAAGACCCGCUCACGGCCUCCCUCCAGUCGGCAGGGGUGGUGAGGAAGAUUCUCCGCGACCCGGCGUUGGUCCUUAUCUCGACGGGAGCCAAUGUGGAGGAAUGGCUGUGUGUUCAGGAGUGCUGCGAGCGGGCGCAUGGAGACACUUUUGCUCAGGCUGCGGCUCACAUCAGCUCCUUCAGCCAUGGUGCGGCAUUGGGUUCGGCUGGCGUGGCAACCCGUGCUAUCAAGGCGAAGCAGAGCCUACACGCGGCGAAGAAGCUCUACGGGAUUCGUGCAGAGAAGGCAAAGGGGAAGUGA